AUGGCAUUGGUGUCUUCCACCGUCCUAGCUCAGGACCCAGGUCCAUCGCCUACUGCUUCAGUUGGCUGUGAGCCCCACGGAGACCAUUGGCACUGCGACGGCCCAGCCUCAACCUCCAUCUCCUCGAUUACAUCAACGACAAGCGAGGAUACGACUUCCACCACUGCAUCUGCUUCGCCCACAAUGCCCAGUCCCACCGAGUCGACUGGCUGCGAACCGCACGGCGACCACUGGCAUUGCGAUGCACCUGCCGAGACGGGUAGCGAGAACGGAACAACUUCCACCACCGCAUCUGCGUCGCCUACAAUGCCUAGUCCUUCUGAGUCGGUUGGCUGCGAGCCGCAUGGGGACCACUGGCAUUGCGAUGGACCGGCUGAGACGACUAGUGCUUCUGCGGGCUCUGGGGGUGAAGAGGGUGGUGCUGGGGCUUUAGGGUUGCAUGCUUCGCUGCUUGUUGGGUUGUCGCUUGUUGCUGUUGUUUUGAAUGUUUAG